CCGCCUCGGUCUCUAGUGGCGCGGGGCCGUGCGUUCGCGAGCUCUUCGGGACGCGGAAGGCGCGCGGGCGCAGGACCCGGCGGGGCAGCUACGCGGGGUCCUCGCGCACGUCUCACGUGGGUCCGAGCGAGCGGAGUGGCGGUCCCGGUUCGCGAGGUCUCGACUCGCCUUCCUGCCGGCAUGGCAGCAGCCGACGGCGUGCUUCCCCACGUUCCCGAGUCCCGGGCCGCAGUCCCCACGACGUCCUCCAGACCCCGUCCAGCCCAGUCGAGGCGGCAAGCAGCAGGCACCAAAAGAAAAUACCAAGCGUCCAGUGAGGCUCCCCCGGCGAAACGGAGGAGUGAAACAUCAUUUCUCCCGGCCAAGAAAACUGCUGCUAAAGAAACUCCAAGGACUUUUAAGGGGAAGGCACAGAAAACGUUUUCUCCCAAGAGGUCUUCAGCUGGUGCGAGUGAUGGAAACCAGGAACGGAAACCGGGCAUUAAGACUUCAUCCCUGUUUAAAAACAACCCUGAGAUUCCACAACUCCACAGACCUGUAGUAAAGCAGGUGCAAGAAAAAGUGUUCACUUCAGAUGCUUUUCAAGCCCUGGACCUCCACCCACAUCUGAUUUCCACAAUAAAUACGGUCUUAAAAAUGUCUAGUAUGACCAGCGUUCAGAAGCAAAGUAUCCCUGUGUUGCUGGAAGGCAGAGAUGCUCUUGUGAGAUCCCAGACGGGCUCAGGUAAAACUCUUGCCUAUUGCAUCCCUGUGGUCCAGUCUCUUCAAGCAAUGAAAUCCAAAAUACAGCGUGGUGACGGCCCCUAUGCUCUGAUACUAGUGCCAACAAGAGAGCUGGCCCUACAAAGCUUUGAUACUGUCCAGAAACUGCUUAAGCCAUUUACCUGGAUUGUGCCUGGAGUGUUAAUGGGAGGAGAGAAGAGAAAAUCAGAAAAAGCCAGACUCCGGAAAGGAAUAAAUAUCCUCAUCUCAACUCCCGGACGCCUCGUGGAUCAUAUUAAAUCCACGAAGAACAUUCAUUUUCGUCGGAUCCAGUGGCUGAUUUUGGAUGAAGCAGACAGAAUCCUGGAUUUGGGUUUUGAAAAGGACAUCACAGUGAUACUCAACGCUAUAAAUGCCGAGUGCCAGGAACGACAGAACGUCUUGCUGUCGGCAACACUCACGGAAGGUGUAACGUGGCUAGCUGAUAUCAGUUUACACGACCCAGUCAGUAUUUCUGUCCUGGAUGAAAGCCAUGACCAGUCGAACCCAAAGAGCAAAGCCAUUCCUGAAGCUUCUCUUCCACAAGCUAGCGAUGAGCUGGACAGCUUUGCCAUACCAGCGAGUCUCGAGCAGUACGUGACAGUGGUUCCCAGCAAACUGAGGCUUGUCUCCCUAGCGGGCUUCAUCCUGCAGAAAUGCAAGUUUGAGAGAGACCAGAAGAUGAUCAUCUUUUUCUCGAGCUGCGAGCUGGUGGACUUCCACUACAACCUCUUCCUCCAGACCCUGCUGAGCGGCUCAGGGGCCCUGGCCCCAGGCGCGUUGCCGUGUGCGUCCACGCGGUUAAAAUUCCUGCGGCUGCACGGCGACCUGGAGCAGGAGGAAAGAACAGCAGUGUUUCAAGAAUUCUCACGUUCCAAAACAGGGGUUCUGCUCUGCACGGAUGUUGCGGCUCGGGGCUUAGAUCUCCCUCAAGUCACGUGGAUUGUCCAGUACAGCGCUCCGUCUUCACCCGCUGAAUACAUCCACCGGAUUGGGAGAACCGCCCGGAUUGGCUGCCAUGGGAGCAGCCUGCUCAUUUUGGCUCCUUCGGAGGCAGAAUAUGUCAACUCGUUGGCUUCUCACAAAAUCAAUGUUUCUGAGAUAAAGAUGGAAGAUAUUUUGUCUGUUCUGACAUGGGAUGAUUGUUUUAAAGGGAGACGAUGGGGAAACCAGAAACCCCGCUCCGUUGGCCCCCAGGAAAUCCGAGAGCGAGCCACGGUCUUGCAGACAGUAUUUGAAGAUUACGUGCACUCCAGUGAGAGGACGGUCUCCGGGGCCAAGAAAGGCCUGACCUUCAUAGGAAGACCCAGAGUAAACAGCGCCUUGCUGAAAUCCUGCGUUCGGAAUACUCCAGCGGGAUGGAGACCAGCGUCACCAAGGUCAGAGAGCAAAACAAACACGCAGGGCCCGGCAGCCAGCCUCGCCGCGCCGCCCGAAACCAGCGCCCAGCCUUGGCCGUGGGAACAAACAAAAGCCGGAAGCCUCGUGGAGGGAAAGCGCGACUUCCCAGAAAGUAGUUUUAAGCUCUGCCCCCACGGGACUGGGCCUCGGUCGGCCCCAGAGGGGGGUCCUGUUCUCCUCGGAGGAGCCUUGUGAGGACGAAGGGUGCCGCCCCCCCCUGCAGACCCGGUGACCCGGUGCGGUGCCGAGACACGCCGCAGCCUGAGGGGUCGGGGGGGCGGGGGUCAGCACGGGCUGGUUUAGCCGCUAACCUGCCUUGUAAGUCUCUCUCGGAUUUAUUCCACCAGUGCCCGUAGACCGCGUGGUGCCACCACGACUUCGUGUAAAAGACUAAUGUCCUUCGCCGCAGCCGGGAAGGGAUUUGAUCCCGCCUGGCGAUGACAUUCUGAAGAAGUGUCAGUUUACUUCAAGCUGCCCUCUCAACGCAUGUAUUGGCCUGAAUUUUGUAAAACGGGGUUUUUAAAGCUGGAUUGAAUCGCCAAAAGAAGAGAAAAAAACUAUUUAUCAGAUCAUCUUCUUGAUGUACAGAUGCUUUAUUAAAAAGGACCAAAGGAGCGUUUGGCGCGGGUCCCGAACACGUCCAGGGC